GCAGGCUUUUGUAUUUAUCAUUUGCCGUGAUAUCUCUCUGUGAACUUUCUAUUAAUUUUCCCUGUACUUUAAUUAUAUUUCUUAGGCCUGACGUGGUGGCUUACAUCUGUAAUCCCAGUACUUUGGGAGGCUGAGGCAGGCAGAGCACCUGAGGCCAGGAGUUCGACCCCAGCCUGGCCAACAUGAUGAAACCCCAUCUCUACUAGAAAAACAAAACUUAGCUGGGCAUGGUGGCAGGCUCCUGUAAUCCCAGCUGCUCAGGAGGCUGAGGUAUGAGAAUCGCUUGAACACAGGAGGUGGAGGUUGCAGUGAACCGACAUCAUGCCACUGCACUCCAGCCUGAACAAUAGAGCAAGACUCUGUGACAAAAAAAAAAAAAAAAAAACUUCUCAGUUAAUGGCCAACAUUGUUAGCAUCAUAAGUCCCAGCUUCCCUGUCUUCCUGUCAUCAUGUGUUGAAUGUCCACUUCCCUCCUUAUUUUUCAGUUGGAGUGGAUCGCAUCUCCAAUUCGACAUGUCAAAAGUAGAAUUUUACACACACACACACGCACACACCCCACUCCUGACACACACAGCAUCUCUGUCCUCAGCCUUCCCCAUCCUUCUAGUUGCUGAAGUCAAAAGCCCAGGAAUCGUCAUUGAGCCCUCUGUUUCUCUUAUUUAUGGAACAUAUAAGCAAAUUCCAUGGGCUGACCCUUCAAAAUAAAUGUGGAAUCCAGCCAUUUCUAACACUUCCAACAUUACCAUCUGAGGUCGGGCUCCAACAUCUUUGCAAUCCUGGGACAGACCCUUAGCUGCCUUCUCCCUUCCACAUCUCUUCUUGUCCUCCCAGAGUUUGUACCCUGCACAAACGCUGCUAGGGUGAUUUUUAAAAAUAUGUCAGGGUAUAUUACCCCCCUGCUUCAAAUCCUCCAUUUAAAAUAAAUUUCCAAUUUAUAGCAAAAUCCAGACUUCUUCAUAUGGCCCACCAGGGGCUUUAUGCUAAUGGAAUGUGCAGAUGCUCCUCCCUGAGGAGCACCUUUUACCAGGGCAAAUUCUCUAUCUCCAAUGAUGUCAGGCAAUUCCGACAACACCAUUCUCUACUACCUCUUGCUUUUCAUAGAUUUGUUUCCUCCAGAUUCUACAAAAAAAGAAGAUCAAGUCUCCUUGUGCAAUGAUUUACUCUCUGAUGUAUAUUGGUGCCAGGCACGUGUACUGCUUUCAGAUGAUUCAAGAAUAACAGCGAUUUAAGAAAGCUGUCGUUAAGUUUUCUCUUCUCUUCGUCUGUAUGACAUUAUUUUUACAAUUAUACUUCCAAAGUUUGCUCUUUCCGAACACCUCAAGACCCGUGUAAUUUAAGCAGUGAUUUUAGGGGUCUCUGUAUAUUUUACAUUAAUUUCAGAAACAUGCUCAUGAUUAUUCCACCAAAACUAUCAACUGUUACAUAAACAUCUGUCCUUCUAUGAGUUACAAAAUAAUUGUCACCAUCCCCACUUAAUCAACCAUCUUCUCUCCUUCUUUGAGCAACUUCUGAAAAAUAACACCCAAUACUGAUGGCAUCUCAUUCUAUUCAGCUUCUCAGACAGUAAGACGUUCUUUUCUUAAACAGUAAGAUGUUUUCUCAAGCCCCAUGCAAAGCACUUCUUUGAUAUCAGUUUGGGGAGGUCGAACUCUGGAGUCUUCAUCCAAAGGGUAAAGUACAGCACUCAGUAAUGCGCGUCCUGGGAACGAGGCCUAAGCAGUGCUGGCCACUUCCUCCUCCAGGCUGGCAUUGUCUGUGUUCGCCAGCCCCUCCGCGAAGUUAGCUCAUUUGUGAUCAGGCCAAGUCCCUUUAGACUUCACGAAGACGCGGGUGCAGCCUGCUCUGGGACUUGAAGUCCGCUGGAGCCUGGGUCUCUGCAUUAUCCGGGUGGAGCUCUCUCUGCUGCUGCCGCCAAAGGAUCCCGCCUGGAUGCUCAUCCCGCCACCGUCGCCCACCCCGCCGCUGCAGAAAGGCAGCAACUGCCACACACCUAAGCAACUUGGCGGGCUAUUCGCCCUGCUCCCGCCAGCGCGCGGCUCCCGCCAGCGCGCAGCUCCCGCUGGCAAUCAAAAGUCCGAGAAAGCGCGAAACCUCCAGGCACCUCCCACUCCGCCCAGCUACCGCGCAGCUCCUCCCUAGCCUCCACUGGGAGACAGGGGACGCCCAUGAGCGGGAAAGAGCAGGGCAGUGAUUGCUUAGUUUAUCCUGGGACGCGGGAACUGGCCGUGGACUGAGUGGUGCCGGGGAGGGGAUCACUGAGACCGGGAAGGGUCAUCCAGACAAAUAGGGAGGGUGGGCGGGUUGGCGCGCAGUCCCCCCCGGCCCGGCCUUCCGACCCACCUGCGCGCGCACAGGCGUGCGCGCUCAUCCGGUCCUUCCCUUCAAUCACUGUCUGGAGUGAUGAUAAUUGGCUUCCAAAGUGGAUGAGAGAUGAGUCAUUUACAUCCAAUGAGAGAGAAACAGCCUCCAGAGACUCUUCGUCCAUUGGCCAGCGAGAGUGUCAUCCCAGGCUCCUGCAGCGCACGGGCGAGCCCUUCUAGGCGGGAAAAGUUCAGCUGAGAGAUAUAAAAGAGCAGUCUUUCCAGCACCUGCGAAUCCAGAGCGGCGGGCACUGACGGGCACUUGCACCGUGUGGACAGACUCUCCGGUUCUGGGGAAAUCCAGUCCCUGUUACUCCAUUUUGGCCAGAAAUUCAAGACCUUUCAGGUGGCAGAAUAACUUCAAUCCUUGUUUCUCCAUCUUAUCGAGUAGUAGAAGUUAGUUACAUUCUCUUUGAACUCAUCAUGAAUUCCAUGAAGACUGAAGAAAACAAGUCAUUUAGCGCUAUGGAAGAUGACCAGAGGACUAGACCUGAAGUUUCAAAGGAUACUGUCACGAAGCAGACACAUGCUGACACACCUGUUGAUCAUUGUCUAUCUGGCAUAAGAAAGUGUAGCAGCACCUUUAAGCUUAAAAGUGAAGUCAACAAGCAUGAAACAGCCCUUGAAAUGCAGAAUCCAAAUUUGAACAAUAAAGAAUGUUGUUUCACCUUUACGUUGAAUGAAAACUCCAGAAAAUUAGACCGUAGUGUGUUUACAGCAUAUGGUAAACCCAGCGAGAGUAUCUACUCAGCCCUGAGUGCUAAUGACUAUUUCAGUGAAAGGAUAAAGAAUCAGUUUAAUAAGAACAUUAUUGUUUAUGAAGAAAAGACAAUAGAUGGACAUAUAAAUUUAGGAAUGCCUCUCAAGUGCCUGCCUAGUGAUUCUCAUUUUAAAAUUACAUUUGUUCAAAGGAAGAGUAGCAAAAAAGAUGGAAACAUAUUACGCCAAUGUGAAAAUCCAAACAUGGAAUGCAUUCUUUUUCAUGUUGUUGCUAUAGGAAGGACAACAAAGAAGAUUGUUAAGAUCAACGAACUUCAUGAAAAAGGAAGUAAACUUUGUAUUUAUGCCUUGAAGGGUGAGACUAUUGAAGGAGCCUUAUGCAAGGAUGGCCGUUUUCGGUCUGACAUAGGUGAAUUUGAAUGGAAACUAAAGGAAGGUCAUAAGAAAAUUUAUGGAAAACAGUCCAUGGUGGAUGAAGUAUCUGGAAAAGUCUUAGAAAUGGACAUUUCAAAAAAAAAAGCAUUACAACAGAAAGAUAUCCAUAAAAAAAUUAAACAGAAUGAAAAUGCCACUGAUGAAAUUAAUCACCAGAGUCUGAUACAGUCUAAGAAAAAAGUCCACGAACCAGAGAAAGAUGGAGAGACCAAAGAUGUAGAACACAGCAGAGAGCAGAUUCUCCCACCUCAGGAUCUAAGCCAUUAUAUUAAAGAUAAAACUCGCCAGACAAUUCCCAGGAUUAGAAAUUAUUACCUUCUUAGUUUGCUCCGAAAAUAUAGGCAAAUAAACUCACAAGUUAGACGGAGACCGCAUCUGGGUAGGCAGUAUGCUAUUAAUCUGGAUGUCCAAAAGGAGGCAAUUAAUCUCUUAAAGAAUUAUCAAACGUUGAAUGAAGCCAUAAUGCAUCAGUAUCCGAAUUUUAAAGAGGAGGCACAGUGGGUAAGAAAAUAUUUUCGGGAAGAACAAAAGAGAAUGAAUCUUUCACCAGCUAAGCAAUUCAACAUAUAUAAAAAGGACUUUGGAAAAAUGACUGCAAAUUCUGUUUCAGUUGCAACCUGCGAACAGCUUACAUAUUAUAGCAAGUCAGUUGGGUUCGUGCAAUGGGACAAUAAUGGAAACACAGGCAAUGCUACUUGCUUUGUCUUCAAUGGUGGUUAUAUUUUCACCUGUCGACAUGUUGUACAUCUUAUGGUGGGUAAAAACACACAUCCAAGUUUGUGGUCAGAUAUAAUUAGCAAAUGUGCAAAGGUAACCUUCACUUAUACAGAGUUCUGCCCUACUCCUGACAAUUGGUUUUCCAUUGAGCCAUGGCUUAAAGUGUCCAAUGAAAAUCUAGAUUAUGCCAUUUUAAAACUAAAAGAAAAUGGAAAUGCAUUUCCUCCAGGACUAUGGCGACAGAUUUCUCCUCAACCAUCUACUGGUUUGAUUUACUUAAUUGGUCAUCCUGAAGGCCAGAUUAAGAAAAUGGAUGGUUGUACUGUGAUUCCCCUAAAUGAACGAUUGAAAAAAUAUCCAAACGAUUGUCAAGAUGGGUUGGUAGAUCUCUAUGAUACCACCAGUAAUGUAUACUGUAUGUUUACCCAAAGAAGUUUCCUAUCAGAGGUUUGGAACACACACACGCUUAGUUAUGAUACUUGUUUCUCUGAUGGGUCCUCAGGCUCCCCAGUGUUUAAUGCAUCUGGCAAAUUGGUUGCUUUGCAUACCUUUGGGCUUUUUUAUCAACGUGGAUUUAAUGUGCAUGCCUUUAUUGAAUUUGGUUAUUCUAUGGAUUCUAUUCUUUGUGAUAUUAAAAAGACAAGUGAGAGCUUGUAUAAAUCAUUAAAUGAUGAGAAACUUGAGACCUACAAUGAAGAGAAAGGUAAAGAAGAGUCAUCACUUCAAGAUCAUCAGAUUGAACCCAUGGAAUGUUAGAAAAGAGAUGCUGUCUUCAAGAAAAUAUGCCAAUAAUUCCUGGCAAAGAUUUCAUGACAAAGACACCUAAAGCAAUUGCAACAAAAGUGAAAAUUGGCAAAUGAGACCUAAUUAAAUCUUCUGCACAGCCAAAGAAACUAUCAACAGGGUAAACACACAACCUACGGAAUGGGAGAAAAUAUUUGCAAACUGUGCAUCCAGCAAAGAUCUAAUAUUCAGAAUCCAUUAGGAACUUAAACAGAUUAACAAGCAAAAAAACAAGCAACCCCAUUAAAAAGUGGGCAAAGGACAUGAACAAACACUUUUCAAAAGAAGAUAUACACAUGGCCAACAAGGAUACGAAAAAAUACCUGAUAUCACUAAUCAUUAGAGAAAUGCAAAUCAAAAAAAUGCCAUCACACUAAUCAGAAUGGCUGUUAUUAAAAUGUCAAAAAAUAACAGAUGCUGGCAAGGUUGCAGAGAAAGGGGAAUGCUUACACACUGCUAGUGGGAAAAUAAAUUAGUUCAGCUAUUGUGGAAAGCAGUUUGGUGAUUUCUAAAAGAACUUAAAACAGCUACCAUUCAAGCCAGCAAUCUCAUGACUGGGUAUAUAUCCACAGGAAUAUAAAUUGUUCUACCAUAAAGACACAUGCACAUAUAUGUUCACUGCAGCACUAUUCACAAUAGCAAAACAUGAAAUCAACCUAAAUGCCCAUCAAUGGUAGACUGGAUAAAGAAAAUGUGACACAUAUACACCAUAGCAUACUACACAGCCAUAAAAAAGUACAAGAUCAUGUGCUUUGCAGCAACAUGGAUGGAACUGAAGGUCAUUAUCCUAAGCGAACUAAUGCAGGAACAGAAAGCCAAGUACCACAUGUUCUCUCAUAAGUGGAAGCUAAAUAUUGAGUACACAUGGACACAAAGAAGAAAACAACAGAUAUGGGGCCUACUUGAGGGUGGAGGGUGGGAGGAGGGUGAAGACUGAAAAACUGCCUAUGGGGUACUAUGCUUAUUACCUGGGUGAUGAAAUAAUCUGAACACAAAACCCUGGUGACAUGCAGUUUACCUAAAUAACAAAACUGCACAUGGACUCUUAAACCUAAAUAAAAGUUUAAAAUAUAUAUAAUGCCAAUAAUUUAGAGUAUUGGAGGCUGUUUCCUUUAAUAAAAUUUCCUACUUAGAAAA